AUGCUGCCUGUCGUUGUGGCGGCUCUGCUCAGCGAGAUCGGCUCCACUCUGCGAAACGGCCUGUGCAACAAACCAAUGUCGGAGCUGAGCUUCAACGCAAUCGUGCACGGCCUGUUCAACGAGCCCGGAGCCAUUCGCUCGGGCGACGUGCUCGAUGUGGGAGCGCGUGACGGUUCGUGGUCAUGCAUGUAUGCCUGCCAGCAGCCGGAGCGCACGGUCCGCGCCGUCGAUCCGUCCCGGAAGCUCGUACGAACGCUGGGCAGCUGCAUGAAAGCUCACAGAAACCUCCGCACGUAUGUGGCGGCUGUCUCCAACGCGUCCGGCGUGCUGCAUGGCAAGACGGAAGGCGGUGUUGGAUUCGACAUGUCAAUACAAAUUGGUGACAUCCAGCAGAGAUCAGCGGCACGGACCGACAACAGCAACCCGGCGCACGAUGUUGCGGUGCGCACCAUCGAUUCACUGGUGGAGGAGUGGAACAGCCCGCUCGGUUUCGCUCACCUGGACCUCGAGGGCAUGGAAGCCCUGGCCGUGUCAGGAAUGCGAUCGACCCUUGCCCGUGACCGUCCUGUGUUCAGUAUGGAGCUGGCUGCGCAUCACCCCGCCGCCGAGACGCUGCUCCGGCUGGUGCAAUCGCUUUCGUAUACAUCCUACGUGGUCCAGGAGCAGUGCGGCAUGAGAUUCGACUGCCGCAAUGUCAUCAACUUCCCAAACGAACACCUCCACAACCUGCUCGAUUCGCCCACACUCGACCUCGCGGCACGCUACUCUGUGAUUGCCUUUGUGAAUGCGUCCAACAUCAAGAAGUUCAGUCGGCUGCAGCCCAAAACGGUGGGCAACGCGUGGCUUUGUUCGAACAAGUGGUUCUGCAUCAACCGCUUCGCAAACUCUGUACCGGCUGAACUGGUCGCACAGCACGGGCCGCCCGGACUGCUAAACGAGCGCCAAAUGGUUGGCUCUUUCCUGCGGGCUGGCCAGAAGCUACCAGGGUUCGAUUAG